AGACACAAUCAUGCUUAACGUGACCCACUUUGCCUAAUGAGCAUAAAUUAUUAUUCUGGAACAAAUUUUCAUUCAGAGAUUCAUGUCCAUGCUAGAAGAUGAAAGCUUCUAAAGAACACAAGAACCAGAGGCUUCAACAAAGAGGAUGCAGGGCUUUGUGCUGCAGUUGCAGACUUAGUGUCUCUUCUUCAGAAGAAGCAGAAAGCACAAGUUCAGACCGAUAUGCGUCGAUCUCGAGUCUAGCACACGCUAUGGUUCAAGAGAGGCUUGACCAAAUGAUCAGAGAAAGGCGGGAGACUGACCAAAUGAUCAGAGAAAGGCAGGAGACAAGGCAUAAUAUAGAAAGAAAGAGGCACAGAAGCGAGGGGACUAAGUUCGUUGUUAUGGUAGCCAUGGAGAAGUGUUCAUAUGAUCCCAGAGAAGAUUUUAGAAGGUCUAUGAUCGAGAUGAUUACGGAGAACAAGAUUCAAGAGCCCAAGGAGCUGCGCAGCCUCUUGAACUAUUACGUAUCUAUGAACUCUGAUGAGUACCGUGGGAUUAUACUAGAAGUUUUCCAUGAGGUUUGCACUGAUUUAUUCUUAAGUUGUAAACGCCAUUGAAAAGCAAUGUGAUAU